GGAGGUGCCCUUGGGGCCGAGGUGCGGCAGUGCUUGAUGCCACCCGGUGACGUCACUCAGAUGACGCCACCCGGUGACGCCACCCGGUGACGCCAGGGGCGCGCCGGUGGCGGGGGGUGGCUGGGCCGGGGCCGUCGGCGCUUAUGGAGGACGAGGACUGCCCCGACCUGGUCCCGAUAGGCGCCGACGGCGCGGAGCAGAGCGAUGCCGGCCCCGGCGGCAAGAUCCCCGUGACGAUCAUCUCGGGGUACUUAGGAGCUGGAAAAACAACUCUUCUAAAUUACAUACUGACAGAACAGCAUAAUAAAAGAAUAGCAGUUAUCCUGAAUGAAUUUGGAGAAGGAAGUGCCUUGGAGAAAUCUUUGGCAAUCAGUCAAGGGGGAGAACUCUAUGAAGAAUGGCUGGAGCUCAGAAAUGGCUGCUUGUGCUGUUCAGUAAAGGACAACGGUGUGAAAGCAAUUGAGAACCUGAUGCAAAGGAGAGGAAAAUUUGACUAUAUAUUGUUAGAAACAACUGGUUUGGCAGAUCCAGGAGCUGUGGCCUCCAUGUUUUGGGUUGAUUCUGAGCUGGGAAGUGACAUCUAUCUUGAUGGUAUAGUGUCUGUUGUUGAUGCAAAGCAUGGAUUGCAGCAUUUGACAGAGGAGAAACCAGAAGGCCUUAUUAAUGAAGCAUCUCGGCAGAUUGCAUUAGCUGAUCUUAUAAUCAUCAAUAAAACAGAUUUGGUUUCAGAGGAAGAAUUGAAUAAAGUCAGAACAUCUGUGAGGUCAAUAAAUGGACUUGUUAAAAUUCUAGAGACACAAAGAUCAAGAGUUGAUCUCUCUAAUGUCUUGGACCUACAUGCUUUUGACAGUUUAUCUGGAGUAAGUUUGCAGAAAAAGCUUGAGCAUGUAAAGACAACACAUGCACAUCUAGAUAAGGCUAUAAUUACAGUAACAUUUGAAGUGCCAGGAAAUAUAAAAGAAGAAAACUUAAAUCUCUUUAUUCAGAAUCUCCUGUGGGAGAAGAAUGUGAAAGAUAAGACUGGAUGCACCAUGGAUGUCAUAAGACUGAAGGGACUGGUAUCUAUUCAAGGCAAAUCUCAUCAAGUGAUAGUCCAAGGUGUCCAUGAGCUCUAUGACCUAGAAGAGACUUCAGUAGUCUGGAAGGAAGAUGAAAAGAGAACAAACAGGCUGGUCCUAAUUGGCAGGAACCUGGAUAAGGAGAUCAUCAAAGAAGUAUUCAUAGCCACUGUGAGAGAAGAAGGAGGAAACAGUUGACAUAAAACUAUAAAGAAAGAUGAAAUGUCUGGUUUGAUUCUGCAAGGAUUUUAGGGGAGAAAAGACUGAAUGGCAUGGACUAUUGUAGUUUCUAUAUCCUCUUGCAGUUUAUGCAACAGUUGAACCCUGAAGUCUUCCUAAGAAUUCCAGCUAACCUACUGCUUUAAGAUUAGCUCUUAUGGUCUAGAAUCAAACACAAUUCUCCUUUUUGGAUUUGGCUGAAGCUGUGUCAGCAACAUCAUGUAACUGUGCAGAAAUGGAGAGAGGCAAAAGGCUGUUAGGAAGCAUUACUGUAAGGGUAUGGGAAACAUGUUUGAAGCCUAGUGCUUUCUCUUGCUAACUCUCUUCCACUGGGAAUGAAGCAAUAGUGAUUAUUGCCAGUGAUGUAAUCACAGUACAAAAUGUUUAGUGUUUACUAUUAAACUGUCUUCCAUCUCUUUCCACUUGCUUUGUGAUUUUUGAGUGUAUGCACCCAUCCCAGGUACUGUUCUACCUGUAAACCUGUUGUGUAAUGAAACCAAAUACACAGGUAGCAGAGGCACAAGAUCAUGUGGAGUAAAUGCUGUCUACAAAAAAGCUGUGAAUGCAGUGUUUGGUCACAUUGUCAGCAGUUUGAAAGAGGUAGCUGAACUCUUCGAUCUUCUAGGCCAUCACCCUGGCAGUUCACGAUCUGGGGAAAUGAGGACUGCACAUUUCCACUGUGUUCAGGCUGUUCUGCAAUUUUUUCUUAUGGGGUUCUGUGACACUACUUUGAAAACCUAGUGUGAAGAUUUUAUCUCUCUACUCAUUACAAUUUAGAGUUUAACUUCCUGCCCUGUACAUUCUCCAGUACUCUCUGUUCACCUCUUAGCUUUAGAGGAAUUUUGACUACAGCUGUGUGAAAGCAAAAUGAGUCAAUGCAGGAAGAUAAUAUAGAAUUAGAAAUGUUUGCAAACAAAAUUCUAGAACAUGCAGUUCUGAAGGAUGGACUUUCAGCUAUAGUGCUUGCUGUGGAUGCUUGGUGAUGUGUCUGAGUAAGCAGAAACUUGUUUUCACUACAAGGAGUGUUUUACUUGUCUCACAGCUAACAUUAAAAAUAAAGAAAGAGGGCCAUUCUCUCAGUCUCCUUCA